UUGCCUUGAGCUUUAUUUAGUUUAGCCCUAGUCGUUUCAAUCCUUCUUCAUCCCUUCAAUCGCGAGAGCAAUCAGAUUAUUUCCUUUUUGGUCUCUUCGAUUGUCGACGGAUUGGUGGCGCAAGGAUCGGGUUUUUGUUCUCGGUGCUAAUGCGCACCGAACCCUUGGUGGCGGAAUCGGCUCAGUCCGGGAAGGACUCGUCUCGAUUCAUGAGCGCCGAUCAUGGCGUCGUCGUCAUCGAUAUAAGUUCCGACGAUGAGGAGGAGGAGCAGGGUCUUGGGCUUGGCGGGCGGCGGGAUGAAGAAACAGAUGAGGUGGUGGUCCUGGAUGCGCUGCCGGCGCCUUCCGUGAAACGGCUGAAGCAGAGUGGGGAAUUCGUGGGUGGUGGCCUGGUCGACGACGACGAUGAUUGCUUGGUGUUGGAGUCGGACCCGGACAAGCCGGUGUUGGUGGAGAGCGAUCAAGGAAGGGGUGGAGAUGACCUGCUCAUUGUCGCCGAGAAGGGGCAGUUGGCUUGCCGAGACUAUCCACAUCCGCGCCAUCUUUGUGCCAAUUUUCCAUUUAUCUCAUCAUUACAUGAGAAGUACUGCAAAUUGUGCCAUUGUUACGUGUGUGACUCUCCGGCCCCUUGCAAUUACUGGGCCAAUGGUGACUUAACUACGGAUCAUUGCAAUUCUACUGAUAAAGAACCAAGCUGGAGGGCAUUGAGGCAGUCUUUCAAACUGAGAAAAAUUGUGGCUACACAUUCACAGAUGUACAAAGAUAAUUCUUCUUCUGGAUUCCCAACUUUCAGAGGGCGAGCACCAGCGAUACACCACUCCAAUUCAAAUCCUAUUUUGGCUUCCAUCUCUCAAUCAAAUUUGCUGCAACCAUGCUCCACGACUCCAAUUACAAAAACAAACUUGAUUGAUUGUAGACUUCCCGCAACUCUGUCCUGUCAUAACCAGAGAUACAACCACUACACACCUAAAGGACAACCUUUACGGAGAGAGACAGGAUUGACGUAUGCUCGUAAAAGAUCUAGAAGGGACGGGGCACUGGAAGCUCAUUUUACUACCUUGGAUAGUCCAUACAGCGCUAGCAUCACUGCUUCUGCUAAUAAUCAUAAUCCCAACACUGUGCCAAUAACAUUACAGAGCCCUCGGUGGUCUGAAGUGGGACAGUGGGCAUCUCAAACUCCGUCGAUAACAUCAUCAGGUGACUCAACAUCGAUAAUGCAAGCAGCUGUAGCAUCACAAUUUGUACCAUCCCUGAUCACAGCUGCUGAUGUUAACUUGAAAACUUGGCAAGACAUAGUGGCUCAUGCAACAUCUGAAUCGGGGAUUCCAGAAUUCCGCUUGAGCCAGAUAUAGAAUGACAUGCUCAACAACCUCGACAGAUACCAUCUCAAUGAGCACCUUAUGUCAUUUUCUGAAACAAAUGGCGGUACGAGGUUCCCGUUUUCCUUCAGGAAAUAACCUUCAUCAAUAAGAUUAUACCUGCACAUGAUCAGAUCACAUGAUGGCAAGGAAGAUCUCUCAACAUUCAACUUCCAGGACGUCUAAUUUGGCCAUAUCGAAGGAACUCAGUUUAGGUAUGGAUGGAAUUUUAUCUUCCGUAUGCCAUAGAAUGCUAUAAAAGAGCCUCUAGAUGAGUCAGUUGCUGCAGCAACUCUUGAAUGUAAUACCAAUCUCUACGAUAAAGUAAGGUUCUGUCCUAGUUUGCUUUCGUAUUUAAUGUAUAUUUCCGGUAGCAAUUGAUUCUUCUUCAGAAAUACUUCGUUUAAUAGAUGGGAUAACGAUAUUAUCAUUUUAAAAAUUUGUUGAUGCUCGUCUUCUAGAA